ACGGUCAGCGGAAACUGGCGGACUUUCAGAAAUAACUUGAACCGCCCUGAUGGAGGUUCUCUGCAAAAUAUUAGCAGUGUGCUCGCUGCUCGUCAGCGCUCAGGCGUUUGUGGCUGUGGAGCCAGCUAGCUCCAGUGAGCUGUCUUGGAAGUCCCUGUUCUUCGAUGCCCUCGUCGGCAACUCCAAUGAGUUGCAGGCUGCAGGAGCCCUGAGCAGCCUCGAGGAAUGCACGGCCAUCUACACGGUGGAGAACAUCGAGAUCCUCCUAACUGCGAGCUACAAGAUCCGCCGCUGCAUCAGAGUCGAUGAGAAGGACAUCCGUCGCUAUCUAAAGCAAGACGAUGCCACCCAAUCAAGGAAGUCAUUCGAGCGGGAGCUGCUCUCCUGCUCGCGCCGUGACUGCUAUGUGGACUCGAUCCUGAACCUGUUCAGCUCCGUCCGCCUCAGCCGCCACGACUAUAGGCGCAGCCGGCACUGUAUCCUUAAGGAGGUAGAACAAGCUCUCAUCCAGCUGGACAGGGCGUCCAUCGUCCUGGCUAACUGCCUCGCAGAACAGCAGCCCUCUCAGAAUUCCACUCUGCCCCCACCCAUCUGGAAUACAACUCACACCACUCCAAACUGGAACUGGAACAAUACCUCUUCCGGUCCAAGUGGGAACACUACCGAAUGGCCCUGGUGGAGCAAUACGACAGCUGGACCAAAUGUGAAUACAACCCAAGGUCCUUGGUGGGGUAACACCACUUCCGGUCCAAGUGGGAACACUACUGAAUGGCCCUGGUGGAGCACUACGACCGCUGGACCAAAUGUGAAUACAACCCAAGGUCCUUGGUGGGGUAACACCACUUCCGGUCCAAGUGGGAACACUACUGAAUGGCCCUGGUGGAGCACUACGACCGCUGGACCAAAUGUGAAUACAACCCAAGGUCCUUGGUGGGGUAACACCACUUCCGGUCCAAGUGGGAACACUACUGAAUGGCCCUGGUGGAGCACUACGACCGCUGGACCAAAUGUGAAUACAACCCAAGGUCCUUGGUGGGGUAACACCACUUCCGGUCCAAGUGGGAACACUACUGAAUGGCCCUGGUGGAGCACUACGACCGCUGGACCAAAUGUGAAUACAACCCAAGGUCCUUGGUGGGGUAACACCACUUCCGGUCCAAGUGGGAACACUACUGAAUGGCCCUGGUGGAGCACUACGACCGCUGGACCAAAUGUGAAUACAACCCAAGGUCCUUGGUGGGGUAACACCACUUCCGGUCCAAGUGGGAACACUACUGAAUGGCCCUGGUGGAGCACUACGACCGCUGGACCAAAUGUGAAUACAACCCAAGGUCCUUGGUGGGGUAACACCACUUCCGGUCCAAGUGGGAACACUACUGAAUGGCCCUGGUGGAGCACUACGACCGCUGGACCAAAUGUGAAUACAACCCAAGGUCCUUGGUGGGGUAACACCACUUCCGGUCCAAGUGGGAACACUACUGAAUGGCCCUGGUGGAGCACUACGACCGCUGGACCAAAUGUGAAUACAACCCAAGGUCCUUGGUGGGGUAACACCACUUCCGGUCCAAGUGGGAACACUACUGAAUGGCCCUGGUGGAGCACUACGACCGCUGGACCAAAUGUGAAUACAACCCAAGGUCCUUGGUGGGGUAAUACAACCGCUGGCGGACCAAACUGGAAUACAACGCAAUGGCCUAACACCAAUACCACCCCAAACUGGACCCUAUCUACACCUCAACCCAACUUGAACACCACCCAAGGUCCCUGGGGCAAUAAUACGACUAUUGCACCAAACUUGAACACCACCAUCCUUGAGCCACAGUGGAACUCAACCGACAGACCGCAGUGGAACAGAACAACCACCGAUAGACCGCAAUCGAACAGAACAACUACCGAUAGACCGGAAUCGAACAGAACAACCACUGAUAGACCGCAAUCGAACAGAACAACCACCGAUAGACCGCAAUCGAACAGAACAACCACCGAUAGACCGGAAUCGAGCAGAACAACCACCGAUAGACCGGAAUCGAACAGAACAACCACCGAUAGACCGCAGUUGAAUGAAACCACAACCGAGGCGCCCGCCACCACAGAAGGAAACUGGUGGGAUCAACUCCUUCACGACAUUGGAUCCCUCUUCUAGGCGGCCCCUUAAGACGUCGUCCCAAAGUCCUGUUUGGUGACAGCAAAUAGUUAUAGCAAAUUAAUCAAAGCAAACAAAAUAAAUAAUUGUCAGCAUGUA